UCCUCAGCACACAACUGCUGCUGAGGAGAUGGGCUGCUGAGCCACAGCGGAGCGUUGGAUGCCUUGGAGAUGUGUCUGCGCAGCAUGGCCGACUGCACCGCCGUGUUGUGAGAGGGAAAGUGGCCGAAACACUCCAACCGGAGAGCAUUGAUGUUUACCUUCUGUUCGGUUGAGCUGCUGCUUUGUCUUCACUUGGGGUGAUGUCCCAGUGCUGGUGCAGGCUGGUCCUGCUCGGUGUGGAACUGGGCAUGCUGGUGGCGCUGCUGGUGGCCGGCAGUGGAGGUCCGAUCCAUGAGAGGAGGGAAGCAGGGUCGUCCUGCUAUGGAGGAUUUGACCUGUACUUUGUUUUGGACAAGUCUGGCAGUGUGCAACAUUACUGGAAUGAGAUUUAUUACUUUGUUGACCAGCUGGCUCACAAAUUUAUCAGUCCUCAGCUGCGGAUGUCUUUUAUUGUGUUUUCAACAGAAGGAAGGAUUGUCAUGCCGCUAACAGAAGACAGAGAGAAGAUUCGGGCCGGGCUGGAGGAGCUGAGCAUGGUGCAUCCGGGUGGAGACACCUUCAUGGACAGAGGUUUUGAGAGAGCCAGCCGUCAAAUAUAUUACGGAACUGGAUAUGGUUAUCAGACAGCAAGCGUUAUCAUCGCCCUGACGGACGGUGAACUGAGGGAAAAUCAGUUUUACGACGCGCAAAGAGAGGCCAGCAGAGCACGGCAGCUGGGCGCCACUGUGUACUGUGUGGGAGUGAAAGACUUCAAUGAAACCCAGCUUUCAAUGAUCGCUGACAGUAAGGACCAUGUCUUUCCGGUGAAUGAUGGAUUUGAUGCGCUCCAAGGGGUCAUUGACUCGAUCCUGAAGAGAUCAUGCAUUGAGAUCCUGGCUGUCGAGCCCUCCAGCAUCUGUGAAGGAGAAUCUUUCCAGGUGGUCGUGAAAGGAAACGGUUUCCUUCACGCCCGAGACGUACAGAAAGUUCUCUGCAGCUUUCGCAUCAAUGAAACCGUUACUUUGAUGAAAAGACCGUUGGUGGUGAGAGAUACCUACCUUCUGUGCCCUGCUCCCACUCUGGAAAAAGAGGGAACGUCUGCCACCCUCCACGUCAGCAUGAAUAACGGCCUGAGCUUCAUAUCGAGCUCCGUCACAAUUACUGCAGUCACUUGUUCUGACGGGACCUUUGUGGCCAUAGCGCUGCUCAUCCUGAUGCUCCUGCUUACCGUCAUCCUGCUGUGGUGGUUCUGGCCUCUCUGCUGCACCGUGGUUAUCCACGAGCCCCCUCCUCCAGUAUUAGAGGAGCUCUCUGAUGACGAAGAUGGUUUCCCCAAGAAGAGGUGGCCUACAGUGGACGCCUCGUACUACGGAGGACGUGGAGUUGGAGGCAUCAAGAGAAUGGAGGUCCGAUGGGGUGACAAAGGCUCCACUGAAGAAGGAGCCAAAUUGGAAAAAGCUAAAAACGCUCGUGUUGUGAUGCCCGAAGAGGAGUUUGAGGAGUUUGAUCAGCCUUACUACAACAUGCACACAUCUACCCGCCCCCAGAAGUGGUACUCUCCCAUCAAGGGCAAACUGGAUGCGUUGUGUGUGUUCCUGAGAAAAGGCUACGACAGGGUGUCUGUGAUGCGACCUCAUCCUGGAGACAAGGGCAAAUGCAUAAACUUCACCAGAAGCAAAUCCUCCCCAGCUCCUCGCUACCCCAUCUACAACCACCCCUCCACGCCCGUCUACACUUUGCCCCACAGUUACCAGCGUCACCCUUCAGAGGGCAGCCACGGCUUGUCUUUGCCCCCCUCGCCAACGUCAACGCUCCCCCCGCUGCCGUCCACACCUCCGCCAUCCUCCGUCACCCCUCCAGACAGAGCCCUGCCCCCUCCCCACAUGAGCUCAGUCUCUGCGCCCCCAUCUCCAACUGGCUCCCUCCCUCCGCCCCCUCAGGGUCCACCCCCAUGCAGGGCUCCGCCUCCGUCACGCCCUCCUCCACGCCCCGAUCACGAGAGCCAUUGAAGAUGAUGAAAACAAAGAGUUGAUGAGAAGGAUCGAAGCUCAAGACAAACACCUGUAGGACUCCUCUCACCCUCUCUCCGUGCCUAUGUCCAAGCAGACGGUAUAAUGUUGCUUUUCCAGGCUGCAGCUGGAGUUUAACUCCUGCAGAGUCUGUUUUUAGCAACACGCAUGAACUCUGACCUUUUUCUAGAGUCUCUAGAAAGUGAAUAUUUAGCACAGUGAGCACAGCUUUGGCUAUUAAACGCUAUUGGAGCUUAGCAAUGUAUUCUUUUUUUAAGAAAAUGUCUUCCAAAUAUCAAAACAGUCACUGUGUUGCAGUUAUGGAGUCGUAUAGAUUCACAGUUUAGCCUUUGCCUGAUGCAAAUCUUUUGACCUCAAAUGUAUCGAUCACUGCUUUGUGCAGUGAAAAGCAAUAAUCAUAGAGAUCAAACUGCAGAAACCAGUGGCUCAGGAAAGUGUCAUGUGUUUUAUACAUGAAUAUUCUGUUUAGCAAGUGUUGCAUUGAAACAUAUAUGUUGUACAUUGAUCUAUUAAAAUCACAGAAAGAUAUUCAGUACUUGA